AUGGUGGUUACCCAAUCAUCGCGAGCAUUUGCCUGCUGGGCUCCGGAGCAGUAUCUCUCCUACUUGUGGGAGAGAAGUUUAGAUAUCGUUAGCAUUUGCCUGCUGGGCUCCGGAACAGCAUCUCUCCCACUUGUGGGAGGGAAGGCUCAAAAAAGAAGCCUAGAUAUUGCUCCGGAGCAAUAUCUCUCCACCAUCUUACCUGCCGUCUCAUCGAGGCAGGGGCCAACAUUAUCUGGUGCCUGGGGGGUUCUCUCCCACGGCCUACCGGGGACAAAAGAGAAUUAUUACUACAUCCGGAGUAGGUACAACACCUGGCACUUAGGCGGUUCUCUCCCACGGCCUACCGGGGGCCAAAAGGGACCUUAUGCCACAUCCGGGGUGGGUAUAAUACCUGGCAUAGAGAGGAGGUUCUCUCCCACGGCCUACCGGGGCCAAAAGAAAACCCCUGCUGCAUCCGGGCCAGGUACAAAACCUGGCACAGAGAUGGUUCUCUCCCACGGCCUACCGGGGGCCAAAAGGGGACUUAUGCCACAUCCGGGGCAGGUACAACACCCGCAACUUAGGUUUGACCUCCUCUCCCUCCCUUCCUAUUCACAUCUAAAUCGUUACUAA